AUGUCGAUACACUCGACGUGGAAGACGUGGCGGCAAGUGGGUAAAAGCCUGGUCAGCUCCCCCUCCUCUAGCGCCGCCAGGCAAACCGCGCAGUCGACGGUGGACGCAGCGCCACCGCCGUCAGCCCUCAUGUACUUGAAGGUGGGCAGCGCGCUCAAGACAGAUGGAUCGAGCCCGGCCUUGGGGAACUCUACGGAGACGGUAUCAAGGGCGCCCAUGGUGCCGGCGACGGAGAAACGGGGGUUGACCUGGCGGCCGGCUUGGUGCCGGCGAAGGAAGAGGCGAAUGUAA